ACUCUGCUGUCUCCCUCUAUCUUGCUGUUCUCCUGACCUAACCGUUCCGCCCGAGCUUUUCCGUUGGGUGAUCGAGCGUACGUGAGAAAGCAAAAGCCAAAAGGAAAAGCGACACCACCCACCCCGAGGACGUUUGAACGCCUGUGAGGGCGAAAUCGUUCCUCCGAUCGCUCGUGACUGCGAAGUAAUUGCCGCCGCAGGCAACCCCAAACAAGCCAAAGCCAUCCCUGAGCCGCAAACCGGACCAAUGUUCAGCAGCACCAGACGCAGCGCUAGCGUGGACCGCCGAGUACUGACGCAGCUGACGAGAUGGUGCACACUCUUCAUCAUUUUGGAAUCUACGAGCGUUGGAAGUAGUUUAAUCACUUCCACCAGCACCACCGCCAGCAGCCCCACCUCCACGAGUGCUCCCGCGGGAGUCACCAGCAGCAGCAGCAGCACCACCACCAGCAGCAGCAGCACCAGCAGCAGCAAAUGGCUCGAGGGCACGAGUCCUUCCGGUGUGGGUGAACGUUUCACCACAGUGCCCUCCCUGGAGGUGCUGCCACACUUUGAGGCCCUCGUGCAGGACAGCCCGAAUGGGUCCAGAGGGAAAACGCUUCCACUGUUGGGUUCGGGAGCGCUCAAGGCCACAAAAGCUAGCCCAAGCGGCAGCAGCAGCAGCAGCAGCAGCAGUAGUAGCGUCGGUUCCAUCGAAUCCCUCACGUCCGCCCGGCGGAUGGUUCCGGUGAAAGAGCUACCACCUGCCUCGGUCACCACACCGGGGCCAUCCCUGUCCGUGAGUGGGUCGAAUGGUAGCAGUAGCUUUAGUAAAAUCACUAGCGCCAACCUAAUACUCGCCGAGGGCGGUGGCCGUGGAGUUGACACCAGCAAGCUUGGUCCGGGGCAAAAGCUACCAGCGGGAUUCUCUGGCAGCACCGCGGCAGGUAAGGCGUCCGGGAAAGCAAAGGGUGCCUCCGAACAGGACCCAAGUGGAGCUGCGAACCGGCUCGAUGGGCCCGACGUGACCGCAACCGAGGGCAACUUCAGCAAGAUGUACUUCGAGACGGAAAACCACACCACCAUCGCGUCCCAGGUCGGUUCGAUCGCAGUGCUUCCGUGCGCGGUACGCAACAUUGGCGAGGGUGUGGUGUCGUGGAUAAGGCGGAAAGAUUAUCACCUGCUAACGAUCGGCGUUACCACGUACAGCAGUGACGAGCGUUUCAACAUUAUCCACUCCGAGGACGCCGAGGAAUGGCCACUGCAGAUCAAGUACGUUCAGCUGCGAGAUGCGGGUUUGUACGAGUGUCAGGUUUCCACCCAUCCACCGACGUCGAUCUUCGUCAAGCUGGACGUCAUCGAGGCGAAGGCGGAGAUUUUUGGCCCCUCGGAAAAGUAUCUAAAACCGGGCUCGAUGCUAAGGUUGACGUGCCGCGUCGUACAAAGCAACGAACCGCCGCUGUACAUAUUCUGGUACCACAACAACCGCAUGAUCAACUAUGACGCUCACCGGGGCGUAAACGUGUCGACGGAGGCAGACAAUCGCUACUCGGAGCUCGUCAUCUCACACACGAACACUCUGAACUCGGGCAACUACUCGUGCGUUUCGAACAAUGCCGUCGCCGCAUCGACCCUGGUACACAUCCUGAACGGUGAAAACCCUGCGGCCAUGCAGCACGGCGACCACGGGAACGCGGUCCUGGUGGCAUCACACAUUCAUCUGCCGCUGGCAGUUGUAACAUAUCAGGUCAUCAAUUUCGUCUUCAAUCUGCAUUGAGCGCGUCACACCAGGCAGGAGGAAGUCAAUGCUGAAAAACGCGGAAACACGCGCACACCAGCAUUUAAAAUAAAAAAAUAAAAACACCCCAUGGAAAAGAGGGAUGACAAAGAAGACAACAAUACACCCAGCUAGAGGGAAGCAACCCUUUUGCGGCAGCAUCCGAGAUGCACACACUGCACACACGGUUGGUUGAGCUGAGAAGCUGGCAAAAAAAAACAUGAAGCAUAAAGCAAACAAACAAACAAACUAGUGUAAUGCGAAGUCAGUGCGGAUGUCCUUCGAAUCGCAUCAGGUGCUGGUUGCGUUACAGCACCGUUCGGAGAAGCAUUUAGCAAAAGGGACGAAGGACGAGCGAAAGAGCAAAAAAAACAUGAACGGGGCUCAAUCGAGGUGUAAAAAAGGGAAAACUAAAAAAUAAAACGCACCCCCCGGUUAUUUUCCGCGUGCAGGUGAGUAAUGCCUCGAAGGACAUUCACGCACACAACACGCACGGAAAGAGACACACCCGCUGUAUAUAUAGGUAAACGAAAAAUGGCGUAAAUCAAAUUCCACGUAGCGUUUGAUGUACUUUGUAUGGUAUUUGUAAAAGAAGUAAAAUAAACACAAAACACACGGAAACAAAACCCAAAAAAAAAACAAAGAGAAAAAGGAUAUCCAAAUCGGAUACAUCGGUACAACACGAAACACAACAUGGAAGCCCAUUUGGAAGCCCCUCCGACCCCAGCAUUAACGCGAAGCGUAACGAAAUAGACCGAUUUAUGUUAUCGAUGUGAUACGCGGCGCGAGUGGCUGGCCAGUGGGUGGGUGGAUCCAUUUUCCACACACGUACGCCUGCUUUUUCCAACGUGACUUUGUUUGCUGUUGUUUUGUUGAAACUGAUGACGAGGCGAUAAGAAGCGAGCGUGAAAAAAAACAACACACAACAGAAAGGACACUCCACAUGUUAGCUCAUUAAACGUGUGCGGCCCAGACGGGGGUGGUGGUGGGUGGUGAAGUGAAUCAUUUUAAUGGGCGCAAAAUGCAAAUUAAACCCUCGGCUGCUAUUCAAACCCUUUACGCGUGCGGGUGCGUGCGUGUACGUUUCCGUUUCCAUUCGGCUUUAUUUUUAACCACCCUCUUGGCGGAUUUCAAUGAAUUCCGUGCCAUCGAGCAUCGAGAAGGAGGGGGUGAGAAAACACACACAAAACACAUACACUCAAGCGCGUGAAAAAUAAACAAGAAAACCACUGCUCCACCGGCCAGUUGUUAAACAUCAAAGCUUAAAUCGGUGGGACGCGUGUGUAACAGCUACGAGGGUUGUGACAGUCUCUUAACGCGCGUGAAACACCGAUAACCGAACCGUGUUAGUUAAGCGUAGGCGCAGCAUCGCCACGGUUUCGCGGGGGAAAAAACCCCAACCCUCGAGAUCGUGGAAAUGCAUCCCCACGUGAAUCGUCUCGUCCGUAGAAAUGCACGGUCUAUAGAGAGAGAGAGGGAGAGAAUAACCGUUCGCUAUGGUAAGCGCUUGUAAAUAAACACAAACUCCCACACAUACACCAACGUGAGGGUGGAGAAAAAAAGGAUAAUCUCGAGCCCGGGUUUGGGUCGGGAAAUGGAAGAACAAAACGCAUAGCAAACCGAUGGCCCCCUAAACCAUGUCCAGACACAAACACACACACACACACACACUAAUAGCAGUUAAUAGUGAGCGAGUGCAAGGGAGCGAAGGAAAAGCAGAAAAACAGAGGGCUAGCUCUCUUCGCCAUCGCUCCGGGGGAAAAACCAAAACCAAUAUCUUCCGCGCAACACACCUGAAUUUAUGUCCGACCCCCGGGUGAACGCUCCCGGAGCCACUCGACGGCGUGUACUGUGAGAUAAAAAUGCGGUUUAAUAAAAGGUAAAUAUAUUUGGAU